AUGUCAAUAUUUCAGCUGCUUCUGUCCUUGCUGGUGGCUGUGGCUGUGGCUGAGAGACCGUCCCUCUCCUACAACGCCCCUGCACCCCACACAUCCUCGCCCGUUCAGCAGAUCUCCAUUAUCCGCGACGAGCGAGUCCAUCCUGCCGCUGACGGCACGUACAGCUUUGACGUUGAGACUGGAGAUGGCAUCGUCAGGAGCGAGUCUGGAGGCCCAGGUGGCGCUCAGCAGGGAACUGUGAGCUUCACCUUCCCAGAUGGCCAAGUCUUCGACCUUCAGUUCGUCGCUAACGCUAAUGGUUACCAACCUCAGUCGCCCUUCCUGCCCGUCGCCCCUGCAUUCCCCCACCCAAUCCCCGCCCACGCCCUCGAGCAGAUCGAGCGUGGACGACUUGAACUCGAAGCUCGCGCCCGCGAAGAACAACGUCAGUCAUCAAGCCAGGGACAGGCCAAUCCUUCUCGACAUUACGGUCAACCUCAGUAAAGUGGCCUUUGCUGAACUGCAACAUAGUUUUGUUUCCUGUUCUACCUUCAUGUUCUUCAUCGCCCUGCUAUGUAAGCGUGGCAUGAUUUGUUAUAUAUUAUGUGAUAUUUCAUACUAAUUAAAAGCCAAUCUAGAAAUCUGA